UUUAGCACUUUUAGCAGGUGCAGAAACUGCUUGGCUUUGAAAAAUCCUCUCCCUGUGGGGCAGUUUUCUGUUGGAGUGAUUUGCCUCCAGGAUUCUUUGUGUAUAGAGGGGGAAAAAAGGAGGGGAGGAAGAAUUUUAACCAAGGCUCUGACUUGGCACUGGGUGCUGUGAGUGAAUCAACGUUGCUGGAGCUUGGCUAAUGCAGGGAAUUACAAAUGGGAGAGGAUGGGAAAGAUACUGCGGGAUGUUUAAUGUUGGACGGAGGAGAUGAUUUUCUCCUUCAGGAAAGGAGAAGAUGUUGCAAGAAGUGGAUCUGCAGGGACAGGCAGCACUAGGUGCAGAGCACAGACAAAUAACUGCAGCAUGAUGAGGAUCCAUGGGAAGGAACUGCACUGUUACAGGAUGUAUCCUUUCUGCUCUAUUAAUCAGCCACUCGAUGGGGAUUAACAGUGGAGCACCUCUUUGUGUCGCCUUUCCACCUCUCUGUAGCACGAAUAACAACUUCAGCACUUCUUCAAUAAUAAUUAUGAAACUGGUAUUAACUGAAUGGCAAUUAUGGAUUUUUAACUCUAACUCACAGUAAACCAGCAAGCCAUAUGUUGAAAUUCCUACCAAAUAGCUUUUCAUUCUUGAUGUCUCGUAUCUGUACAAGAAGUUGCAAGAUACCUGUUUGUACAAGAGGAAUAUAAGCAUUACUUGCCUGAGGAACAGAAGCUGAAAAGAGAAGACACCCUAACUUGUUCGUGGAGUUAUGGUAGUAUUAUUUAUAUAGAUAUAACAAAUAUAUAUAUAUAUAUUUUUAUGGUAAUGAAAAUGGCUCCUCAGAAUGCUGACUCGGAAUCUAUGCAAGUUCAAGACCUACCUGUGGCUCAGCUUCAGAAACCAGAGAGCAAGGAGAAUGAAAGCAGGGAGGAGACCAUCAGCGAAGGCUCCAUCGACCGGAUACCGAUCCGCCUGUGGGUGAUGCACGGGGCAGUAAUGUUUGGCAGGGAGUUUUGUUAUGCCAUGGAGACAGCUUUGGUAACACCUGUGUUGUUACAAAUUGGUCUUCCUGAACAAUACUACAGCCUCACUUGGUUCCUCAGCCCCAUCCUGGGCCUGAUCUUCACUCCGCUCAUCGGUUCGGCCAGUGACCGCUGCACCCUGAGCUGGGGCCGCCGGCGGCCUUUCAUCCUCGCCCUCUGCAUUGGUGUCCUCUUUGGAGUUGCACUUUUCCUUAAUGGUUCUGUGAUAGGUCUGGCUAUUGGUGAUGUCCCGGACAAGCAGCCCAUCGGAAUAGUCCUCACAGUGCUCGGUGUGGUGGUGUUGGAUUUCUGCGCUGAUGCCACUGAAGGGCCGAUUCGGGCCUACCUGUUGGAUGUGGUGGACAGUGAAGAGCAAGACAUGGCCCUUAACAUCCACGCCUUUUCAGCUGGCCUUGGAGGAGCAAUUGGUUAUAUGUUAGGAGGGCUGGACUGGACACAGACCUUCUUGGGUGGCAUUUUUAAAUCUCAACAGCAAGUCCUUUUCUUCUUCGCAGCCAUUAUUUUCUCUGUCUCCGUUGCUCUCCACCUUUUCAGCAUUGAGGAGGAGCAGUACAACCCUCAGCAGGACAGGAUCGAUGAGGAAGGAGACACGCUGUCCAGCGUCAAAUUCAGCGGCAGUCUCCCCCCUCUGAAUCGACUGAAUGUAAUCAGCGAGGAAGAGCCGUAUGGAACUUCCAUGUUCCACGACGAGGUUCAGUCAGAGCAUGAUCUCAAUAUGGAGUUCCUGGAGGUGAACAUUGUGAGAAGCAAGAGUGACUCGGUUCUGCACAUGCCGGAUGCCACGCUGGAGAUCGAAUCGGAGCUGCUUUUCCUGCACGACAUCGAACCCUCCAUUUUUCAGGAUGCUUCGUAUCCAAACACUCCCCACAACACAAGCCAGGAGAUCAUGAAGUCCAAACUCAACCACCUCUCAGCUUUCCUCAGGGACAGUGAGAAAGAGGAGGAGAUGCUGCUCGAUAACCGCUUAAACGAAGACAAAGUCCCAAACGUCAACGGCUCCCUACCGAAAGAGUUCCUCAACGGGCACGCCAGGAUAGGCAUGAAACAAUCCAGCACUUGCAACUCCAUGCGGAGGCGGCGGCACAUGUUCUACCGGCAGCCGUCCUACACCUUCUCCUACUACGGCAAGAUCGGCUCGCACCGGUACCGGUUCCGCCGCGCCAACGCCAUCGUGCUGAUCAAGUCCUCGCGCAGCAUGAACGACAUCUACGACAUGCAGAAACGGCAGCGCCAGCGGUGCCGCCACCGCAACCAGAGCGGCACCACCAACUCCAGCGGCGACACCGAGAGCGAGGAGGGCGAGACCGAGACCACCGUCAGGCUCCUGUGGCUGUCCAUGCUCAAGAUGCCGAAGGAGCUGCUGAGGCUCUGCGUCUGCCACCUCUUGACUUGGUUCUCCAUCAUCGCCGAGGCCGUGUUCUACACGGAUUUCAUGGGGCAGGUCAUCUUCCAGGGCGAUCCGAAGGCCCCUUCCAACUCGACUGAGCUGCACGCCUACAACGCUGGGGUUCAGAUGGGCUGCUGGGGGCUGGUGAUAUAUGCUGCUACUGCUGCUGUUUGUUCGGCCUUAUUGCAGAAAUACUUGGACAACUAUGACCUGAGCAUAAAAGUGAUCUACAUCCUGGGCACGCUGGGUUUUUCCCUGGGCACUGCAGUGAUGGCCAUGUUCCCCAACGUGUACGUCACUAUGAUAAUGAUCAGCACGAUGGGAAUAGUGUCCAUGAGCAUCUCCUACUGCCCCUAUGCGCUUCUGGGACAAUACCACGAGAUUAAACAGUACAUCCACCACAGCCCCGGGAACUCGAAGCGAGGGUUCGGCAUAGACUGCGCCAUCCUGUCGUGCCAGGUUUACAUCUCCCAGAUCCUCGUGGCCUCCGCGCUCGGCGGCGUGGUGGACGCCGUGGGCACCGUCAGAGUCAUCCCCAUGGUGGCUUCCGUGGGGUCUUUCCUGGGGUUUUUGACAGCCACCUUCUUGGUGAUUUACCCCGAAGUGAACGAAGAGCCAAAGGAAGAGCAGAAAGGACUGGGCCCUCCAGAGGCAGCCGAGGGUGGUGGCGGCAGCGCGGGCGCGGAGAAGCCGACGGUGCUGAAGCUCACGCGCAAAGGAGCCGCGGCCGCCGAGCCCGAGGGCGAGUCAGCCGUGUGAGCCCCUCGCUGCUCACCCACAUUCCAAGGAGGUGCAGGUGCAGGAUCAAGAACUCUUGUUGGUUUGGUUUUUUUUGGGGUUGUUGGUUUGGGUUUGUUUUUUUUUUUUUUCCAGGUUAAAAAAAAAACAAAACAAAACAAAUUAGGACCUUCACUACUCGUAGCUAAAAUCUGCAGAAGAAGAGGCAGUUUCGUGCAAAAAGUGUAAAUGAAGUUCUGUAGUCCUUCCUCUAAGGUUUGAGCGGGUCGCUCGGAUGCUGAUUGCUUUCUCCACAACUUAGAGACGUCAUUUCUGAACACUUUUUUUAUUAAGAACACAUUUAGAUUUCGAGUAAGUUUUAUUAAUCUGCAUGAGACUCACAGUGUAUACAAUUAGCAGUUAGGAAAAAAAAUUUAAGUUUUCGGCUGUUUUUAAACUAACGGAAAAUGGAAGCGAUCUCCACCCUCUAGUCUCUUGCCAUUCUUUUUGUCUGAACAUUUCAGAUUUCACCAGUGUAAUACCCGAAUCAAACGCUCAGACAACGAUCAGUUUUUUUUUCAGGAGCAUGGUAUUACUGGUCUGACAGCUACUUUGAUUUUAGACUUCAUGUUUUUGUUAGUGCAAUUACUACAGAACCCUUUGAUUUUGCAAUUAUUUU